CAAAAUAACUUUUGGUAUAGUCUUCACUCACCGCUUUUUGAUCACCAUAGAUCGGCGCCGAAAUUGUGUCACAGAUCGCGCCUGAGGAAUUGAACGCCUACAUGGAAGUGGCCGCCCUCAGUGCCAAAAAUUCAGAAAAACCUCAUAUUGCCUAUGUGUGGGUUGAAAAUCUGCUGAGACAGGGCGACGUCCGUCGAGCCAAAGAGGAACUGAUAGUUCAAUUAUCUCAGGAUUCGUGCAAAAACGAUCCCCAGUUACUCAAACUUCAAGUCAUCUUUGCUUACGAAGAAUGGAAAGAAGCCGUAUCGAAACUCAAAUGUAGUCAAGAGGCCGAUUCAGCUGAAGAUGACUCUGACAUGGACUUGGAUGAAGAAGAUAGUGCCGUUGAAAAGCUCCGAGCCACCGCCUUGAAAUUGGUUCGCGAGAUUUAUCCGACCUUCAUGAGAGACCCCGAGAUUCUCAACAUAUACCUCGAACUGUUAACCGCCAAUCCAGAAAUGAGAUCCGAUGUAUUGGAGUUGCUUGAUGAAGCAGGGCACGAAUGUCUAACUUGUCCGGACCUGGAUCGCAUAAGCUUAUUGCUAAGCUACUGGCAGAUGACGAAACAGAACAAGAGUUUAUGGAUACAAUUAGCUGAGCGAUACUGUCGUAUGACGAUAACUGACCAUCCGAAGAAAUGUCUUAAAAAGCUCAUGAAACGUCUCUUUAGACGCCUGGAUCGGUAUAUCAAGAAACAGAAAACCGAGAAAGUUCUCACGACACUGGUAAUGAUAUGGGGACUGUUGCUGGAUCGUUUGGAGGCUAGAUUGUUCGAUCACUUCUUUUUAAAGAAUAUUCGACGGGCACUCAAUUACGUGUUCCGCCGGAGCGUGCAAACUCCGCCCUGGAAGCUCGAUGCUUUUACAUCCUUGAGCUCGGCUAUAGAUGAUCAUCGAAGUAUAGAAACACUAGUUCAAUCGCAGAAACUACAACUUCCCCGUGAUAUUACAAAGGAAAUGGUUCGUCGCGUUCGCAUCUCCUUUGAUCUUUUGCAAACAAAAGCCCGUGAACUCCAACAAGGCACCGUACCACCGCCUUUAGGUAUUAAGGAUUUUACUGCUGGUGAUCCUUGGAGCCAGUUCCUCGACCACAUUCCGGAGGCAAUACCCGAUCAACCCUCGAAAGCAGAUCCCAGUCAACCCACCAAUAUACAGCCAUCCACUAUUCCACCCUAUCCCUACCCCUAUGCUUAUCCCUACCCACAACCCCAACCCCACCCCUACCCAUACCCAUCAUACUCUUAUCCUGGUCAGUUCCCGUACUAUUGAUAUUUGGUCGACUCCUAUAUUAGUAACCCAGCCUCGUAUAGUAUGGACCCAUUGCAUGUAAAAAGAUAGCAUCACAAAUCACGGAUACAAACAAUCAUCCUCGUCACACACUCGCACGAAU